CUUUAUUUAUUUCAUAGUUGAUAUUGCAUACUCCACCAACGAUGUUGACAAAGAUGAAAAUGAAGAUCGAAGAAGAAAAAAAUACAAUAGAGGUUCUUCCAGAGGAAUGCAUUGCCAAUAUAUUGUUGCUCACAAGUCCAGUCGAUUCAUGUAAAUUCUCCAUUGUUUCCAAGGAUUUUUGUUCUGCCUCUGAAUCAGACAUUGUUUGGGAUCAUUUUCUUCCAUCUGAUUUGAUCUCAAUCAUUUCUGAGUCUCAAUCUGGAUCCUCUUUGUUAGCCACAUCUCCCUCUAAGAAGUCUCUCUAUCUUACUCUCUCUGACAAUCCCAUCAUAGUCGACAAUGGUAAAAAGAGCUUUCAGUUAGAGAAACAAAGUGGUAAAAAGAUAUACAUGCUUGGUGCUAGAGAUCUCUCCAUCGCUUGGGGUGACACUCCUUGCUAUUGGGAAUGGAUAACACUACCAGAGUCGCGAUUUCAAGAAGUUUCUAGGCUACAUAUGGUGUGUUGGUUUGAAAUUUAUGGAAAAAUUCAUUCACGUGUUUUGUCCUCAAAUACUCAAUAUGCUGCUUUUGUCGUGUACAAAAUGAUCUAUCCCCAUAACUUCAAUCCCCAUGGCGUUGGUAGUAUUCCGGUGGAAUUAACCAUAGAUAAAUUUGAAGACCGCAUAUGUACAAAAGAAGUUUGGUUAGAUCCAAACUAUGAUAAGGAACUGGAUGAUGAGUUAUUAGGGCUAGAGAGUCCAAAACUGAGAAGUGAUGGAUGGUUGGAGGUCGAGAUUGGAGAGUUCAAUUCAAGCCUACAAGAUCAAGUUUUUCAGAUAGGUGUUGUUGAGAUAAGGAAUCCUCAUACAAAGUGUGGUUUCAUUCUUGAAGGAAUAGAAAUAAGACCUAAGAAUUAGCUAAUCAUAAAGUCACUUUAUUGUGUUGAAUAAAAUGUAUUUGAACAGUUAUUGGAUCUAGUUAUUAUAUUAAGAGCAAAAAUCUAUUUUUUUUAAAGUA